GGGAGAUAGGAUAGGAUAAAAAUGAUUGGGAAGAUUGAGAUCGUUGAUUGUCCGCCACUCAUAGAUUCACCACUUCACCCACUCUUUCUGAGUUUCUCUCGCCUACGACGCCCAACCCACACCCACGAUCCCCCUAUCGAUAUCUCCUCCUCCCCUUCCUUCUGCUUCACAUUUCCCCUUUUCAAAUUUCUCUCCUCUGCUCUGCUCUCUUAUUACCUCCAAUGGCCUCUGUUUCAGCUACCUCUCUUAGGUUCCAGCUACCGCCCAACCAACAUUCCAAGAUCUACCAGGAAGACGGCGGCGCUGAUAGGCACUCCAGCUUCUUAUCUUUGAAAUCCUCCUUCUUCUCUCCUUUACGUAACAUUCCUUCUUUAAGGAAGCAAAACUCUGCUGUUGCAGCUGCCCCCAAGGUCUCCAUGCGCGUCGCGUCCAAACAAGCCUAUAUCUGUCGUGAUUGCGGGUACAUUUACAACGAUAGAACGCCUUUUGAAAAAUUGCCUGAUAAGUAUUUCUGUCCUGUUUGUGGUGCUCCUAAGCGACGAUUUAGGCCUUAUGAGCAAUCUGUGACUAAAAAUGCUAACGAAUUUGAUACGAGGAAGGCGAGAAAGGCACAGAUCCAGAAAGAUGAAGCUAUUGGGAAGGUGCUGCCCAUAGCUGCUGCAGUGGGAAUCGUGGCACUUGUAGGGUUGUACUUGUACCUGAAUAACGCCUUUUAGAUGGAGAGGGAUGCUCAAUGACGGGGGCAUAACAUCAUUUGUUUCGCUGCCUAAUGUUAUAUUGAUUUAAAUAGUAUAUGUAUUUUUUUCCAUCCCCUACCCAGAAACCCUGGCAAAUUGCUUAAGCUUUACAAUAUUAUAUAUAUAUAUAUAUAUAUAUCCCUGGCAAGUUCUGGCAUAACCAUGUGCCUUGCCUAAUAUUAUGAACCUGUGGAUGUGGCUUCUUUGGGAUAUAAUUUUAUCUUAGUCAGUUCUUUUAUGAA